AUGGCUGAUAAUUCUAAAUCUGAAAAACCUGAAGAGGUAUCAGUGUCUCCACAGGCUGAUGCAAAAGUAACCAAAAAUGAUAAUGAUAAUGUGAACAAUAUCGAAGAAGAAAAAGAGAAAAUUAAGAAAAAGGCAACUUUAUUAUUUUUGCAAGGGAAAAGGUCUUUAUACAUUAAAGAUUUUCAAGCAGCUGCUACUGCUCUUUCUGAAUCAUGUCAGUUAUUUAGUCAAAUUUAUUCCGAGCAAGAUGAUGAGAUGGCUGAUCCAUAUUUUUAUUAUGGAAAAGCAUUAUUAGAAGUUGGUAGAAGUGAAUCUGAAGUUUUAGAAGAAGGAGAAGAAGAUGAUGAAGAUGAAGAGAAUGAAAAUGAAGCUAAAACAGGUGAUGAAAAUGUAAAAGAAAAUAAUAAAGAUUCAGUUACAAAUUCUAACAGCAAAACGGUUCAAGAAAAUGGUGAAAAAUCAGAUUCAGUAUUAAAUCAAGACCCUCAAACAAAUAAUGAAACAGAAAAUGAUGAUGUUAAUGAUUUACAAUUAUCAUGGGAAUAUUUAGAAUUAGCAAGAUUAAUUUAUUCUAGAAAAUCAAACACGGUUAAUUGUUUAUUAUUUUAUUUUCAGACAAUAUUGUGUUUAGGUGAAAAUGGCAUAGAAUCGGAGAAUUAUUCAGUUGCUAUAGAAGACUUAAAAGAAGCUUUAAAUUUACAAAAAAAGCAUUUAUCUGAGGUUGAUAGAAGAAUCGCUGAAACAUAUUAUCAGCUUGGUAUAGCUCAUUCGUUGUGUCAGGGUUACGAUGAAGCCAUUGAAAAUUUCAAAAUGGCCGUAGAACAAUUGAAUAAAAAAAUAUCAUCGUUAGAAAUGAGACAGAAAAUGGGGGACAAAAAGACUGAGGAAGAAGAAAAAGAUGCAUUUUACACGAUGGACGGAGAAAUAAAAGAAAUCAAAGGGGUUAUACAAGAUGUUGAAGAAAAAAUAAAAGACAUGGCGGAUUGUAAAAAUCAAGUUAGAGACGAAUUAAUAAAACAAGUUGUUUCCGGUAGAGGAGAAGAAAAAAAUCAACCGGGAUCAUCCACGUCUAAUUCGAAUGCUCCGCCGCCAACAAAUUCAAUUCCUGCUUCCGAUAUAUCCCAUUUGAUAAAAAAGAAAAGAAAAAACGAUGAUGAAACGAUUCCGGAAAAAAAAUUAAAAACCGAUUAA